AUGUUCUGUAAUCGCAGCGUAGGACUUCCUCCGCGCCGACGUUCCCCCGCUCCCCGGUCGAAACAGGACACAAAGGAUACCGCUGCUGUCGCGGUAGACAGUUCUUCGGAAUCGGGGCUCAAAAUCCUUUACAUCCCACCACGGACAGAGGUCGACAGUCAAAAAGCCGUAAAAAAGAAUGAGCGCGACAGCAACACUCCACCAUCCGAGGAUAGCGUAGAGGAGAUCCCCCACCCCUCCAACGACGAGAUCCUCGAGAUGGGACGGAACCUCCUCGAAGUCGCGCGAGACCUUCUGCAGGUUGUCCACCAGCAGCGAAGUCAGCGCCAGGUUUACCCGGCCGCUAAUGUUGACGCGUCGACGGAGUCGCUUAAAAGGCCUCUGCCCAACACUGGAACCGACAGCCCGGACAUGUCUGGCAGAUGCCGCUCCAUCCACCUCGCCCUCCAGUUCGACAACGCCGAACCCGACCGAGGCGCAGACAACAACAUGUCGCUCAACACCUCAACGACGACUCGAAAGAAGGAUGCGAAAUGUGAUGACUACGACAACGUCAACAAUCGGUCAUCUAACAACAUGGACGCAAAACAUCCCCAGAACUCCUUCUAA